AACUUGCCACGGGAGGUGGAGUCGCUUGGAGGCGGUGCAAAGGGGCUGGCUCGGCUUCGUUUCCUCCGCCGCUGCUACGACGAAGCUCCUGUAGCUGACGCAGGCGCAAAAAAAGCCACAAAGCGAGAAGGGGCGAUCAGGGCAGGUGUCUGCUCAGGACGGUGCGUCCAUGAGCUGCGAGGUGGUAGUGUUGUACUUUGCAAGAAGUGCCGAAUUAGCCGGUGUCCGCACUGAGACUCUUUCUGUGCCACAACAGAUAACGUCACUGCAGCUGUGGGAAGAAAUUGUGAAGAGGCAUUCAAGGCUUGCUGCUAUACAAGAUCAAGUCAUCUUUGCCAUCCGCCAGGAAUACGUGCUUCUUGGGGAUCAGCUAGUGAUCCUGCAUCCGGGAGACGAGGUUGCCAUCAUCCCCCCGAUUAGUGGAGGAUAGCUCUGGGAAGACGUUCCCAAGCUUGCUGCUAUACAAGAUCAAGUCAUCUUUGCCAUCCGCCAGGAAUACGUGCUUCUUGGGGAUCAGCUAGUGAUCCUGCAUCCGGGAGACGAGGUUGCCAUCAUCCCCCCGAUUAGUGGAGGAUAGCUCUGGGAAGACGUUCCCAA